CAAACAUUUUCCUUCUAACUUCUCUUCACCUCAGUGUGUUGCUUCAGCUUCUCGAUUUUUUAUUCCGGCGAAUUCUACGGUCAUGAUGAAUCUAACGCACUCGGGGAGCUGAUGUCAACGCGUUCCAAGCUGCGUUGAAUCGAGACAUCGAAGGUUCUAUGUCGACUUCGCAGUUUUCUGGCACAAACACCGCCUGGGCUAUUGUGUUUCAAGGAAGCAACCAUUCUUCCAGCCAGGCUUUUCUAACUUGGGAGAAUGUGAAUGGGGAUGCUAAUACCAACCUCCAUAGACAGCCCAGCCUAGAAAGUGCUCAGAUGAAGGAGCAACAAGGAUCAGCCUUAGAGAAUGAACGCCAAAAUGGCGUAAAAUGUGCGAAAAAUUCUCAUUUACAACACAACCAGCCUCAGGAUCAUCGUGAAUCAGGUCAACUGUGGGAGAGGCCUCUUCAGGUUUCCCAAACACCUGGGUUGCAGGUUUCUGAGAAGAAUCCUCUUUCUACUAAACCAAAGAGAUCUCAUAAUCAAGAGAGUGAAUCCAUGAAAUUGCAGAAGAUGAGUAGUCAACAGGCCCGUGCAAUGAAACAACCUGUUGACCCUAGAAACCGUGAUCCUAGGAAAGUGUCAUUUUCUGUAUUUCUGCAGACCCUACAGGCCCUAUUGGAUAAAGAUAGGGCAAUGCAGCUCCAUAUCCUGAGUGCUAAGCUCCAGAGAAACGAAAUUUCAAAGGAUGUAUUCGGACGACAUAUGAGAGAUAUUGUAGAUGAUCAAAUUAUGAGGCUGGCAUAUAGGAAACUGCAACAGCCAAAUUCUCAUGCCCGACCUGUGACCUCUCCAGCAGGAGUUACCGUUAAGAGAGCUCCGAAAAAUCGCGUUGUUUGUCAGAAGAAACCACCAAGAAAGAAGCAGAAAGUAACCGGACCAUCUACGAAUCAAAGUAUUGGACAGCUUAAUGGUGUCGCUGCAGUCAGUGGUGUCAAUCUCAGGGAAGUAGAGGAACACUGA